AUGGCGCGGCUCGCCGAGAUGGACUUCGGCGAGCACACCACGCUCGUCGAGGGUGCGCAGCACCAGGCGGAGGUGCGGGACGAGGAGGAGGAGGAGCAGCUAGAGCAGCAGCUGAAGAACGAAGAGAAGCAGCAGGAGGCGGAAUCGGAGGAACCGGAGGAAGAGGAGGAACUGGAGGAAGCGGAGGAACAGGCAGGCAACACCAGCCGCCGAGGUUGUGUGGUGUGA